UAUAUAUACAUACACACAUAAUAAUAAUUUGUCCCUCCACGAACUAUAGUGGAACUUGUAAGGAAGACAAUUGUUCCAGAGUUGCGGACACCAUAAAUGGAGAAGGCGGCUGAAAGACAGAGAGUUCUUCUUCAACAUUUAUCUCCCACUUCUUCUCAAACCAACGAUACUGCUUCUCUCUCCGCUUCGAUAUGCGCGGCUGGUCAGAGUGGUGCGUACCAAAGGACUGCUGCUUUCGGGGAUGAUAUUGUUAUUGUCGCGGCAUGUCGAACUGCUAUUUGCAAAGCAAAGCGAGGGGGUUUUAAGGACACUCCGGUUGAUGAUCUACUCGCUGCUGUUUUGAAGGCUGUGAUAGAGAGAACAAAUUUGGACCCGAGCGAAAUAGGGGAUAUUGUUGUUGGCACAGUUUUGGCACCUGGCUCAGUAAGAGCAAUUGAAUGCAGGAUGGCAGCAAUCUAUGCUGGUAUCCCUGAUACGGUGCCUGUCAGAACAGUCAACCGGCAAUGUUCGUCGGGUCUUCAGGCAGUUGCUGAUAUUGCUGCUUCAAUAAAAGCAGGAUAUUAUGACAUUGGUAUUGGAGCUGGAGUGGAGUGUAUGACAAUAGACAGUAUGGCAUUAUCGGAGCACGUUGCCAAGAACCCGAGGCUACAAGUAUUUACACAAGCCCGCGACUGUCUUCUUCCAAUGGGUAUGACUUCUGAAAACGUUGCAGAACGUUAUGGCGUGACCAGGCGGGAGCAAGACCAGGCUGCUGUUGAAUCUCAUAGGCGUGCUGCUGCGGCAAUCGCUGCUGGUAAAUUCAAAGAAGAAAUUAUCCCGGUUUCUACCAAGAUUGUGGACCCAAAAACUGGAGAGGAGAAGCCUGUUAUAAUUUCUGUGGACGAGGGAGUCAGGCCAAAUACAAACUUGAAUGAUUUGGCAAAGCUGAAGCCUGCAUUCAGGAAGGAUGGUUCUACAACUGCAGGGAAUGCUAGUCAGGUGAGUGAUGGGUCUGGAGCAGUUCUUCUCAUGAAGAGAAGUUUGGCUAUAAAGAAGGGGCUGCCUGUUCUUGGUGUCUUCAGGAGUUUUGCUGCUGUUGGCGUUGAUCCCGCUGUUAUGGGCAUAGGUCCAGCUGUUGCGAUCCCGGCUGCUGUGAAGUCUGCCGGUCUUGAGCUUAAUGAUAUCGAUUUGUUUGAGAUUAAUGAGGCCUUUGCUUCUCAAUACGUGUAUUGCAUUAAGAAACUGGGGCUUGAUCCUGAGAAAGUCAACGUCAACGGAGGCGCUCUUGCUCUUGGUCAUCCUUUGGGUGCUACAGGUGCCCGCUCGGUCUCAACUCUACUGAAUGAGAUGAAGCGGCGCGGGAAGGAUUGUCGCUUUGGCAUCAUCUCCAUGUGCAUAGGGUCUGGUAUGGGAGCUGCAGCUGUGUUAGAAAGAGGGGACUCGGUUGACGAGCUACGCAAUGCCAGAGCAGCUUAAGGACAAUUCUUUCUCAGAGGAGUGCAAUCCAAGCUGAUUUUUGCAGCUGCUAUAUAUAACGUUAAUAACAAAUAUUGUCUCUUUAAUAAGACUGAUAGAGUCGUGUGGGCUUUUUGGAGUUUGGUCGCAUAUUGUUUUUUUUUUUUUUUUUUUUUUUUUC